AUGGGAAGACAUGCAAAUGAAAACGAGACUGUGCCAGAGAUCUUCCUACUGACUGGUCUCUCCAGCCAGCCUCAUAUGCGUGCUGUGCUCUUCGUUGUGUUUUUUUUCCUCUACUUCAUCACUGUCCUGGGAAAUGGCCUCAUUAUCCUACUGAUUGUCGUUGAUUCUCACCUCCAAACUCCCAUGUAUUUCUUCCUAGGAAACCUCUCCCUUGUUGACAUCUGCUAUACUUCCAGCACAAUCCCACAAAUGCUGGUCCACAGCUUCACAAAAAGACCCACCAUCUCCAAUGCUAGAUGUUUUAUCCAGAUGUGUGUCUCCCUCUUCCUUGGAGUAGCCGAAUGCAUUUUGCUGGCUGUCAUGGCGUAUGACCGUUACGUGGCUAUAUGCAGCCCGCUUCACUACACACUUAUCAUGAACAGAAAGAAGUGUGGCUGUUUGGCUGCCUUCUCGUGGGCCCUGGCUUUCCUUCUGACGAUUGUACCUUCCUUCACAAUGAAGAUCCAACUGUGUGGUCACAAUAUCAUUGAUCAUUUUAUGUGUGAGGUGCAGGCUGUUGUGAAACUGGCAUGCUCGGAUAUCUCCGCGAAUGUGGGUGUCAUGUCAGGGAACAGUGUUUUCACCCUCUUAGUGCCAUUUGCCUUCAUCCUGCUGACCUAUGUGCGCAUUUGUCUGGCAGUGAUGAGGAUCCGCUCGGAACAGAGUUGGAGAAAAGCUCUCUCUACGUGCGGCUCCCACCUUACAGUGGUUGGGAUUUUCUACGGCACCGCUAUGGCUAUGUACUUGAGGCCACAAAACAGAUCCUCAGAGCAGGACAAAUUUCUUGCUAUCAUUUAUGUGGCGGUUACCCCCAUGCUUAAUCCUCUGAUUUACAGCUUGCGGAAUAAGGAUGUGAAACAAGCCUUUGGGAGAAUAAUGGGAAGGAAAAUGGAGACCUAA